AACGGCCUUAUAACCUCUAAUUCAUCAACCACAUCACCACACCCAACCCGCCAAAAUGGAUAUGCUUUCAGCCGCCGAGCAGCGCACUCUUGAGCAGCGCAUGCAGAAGCGCCAGGUCAAGGAGUUUAUGGGUGCUUUCGGCGGUCUUGUCGAGCACUGCUUCAUGUCCUGCGUCGAUGACUUCACCUCCAAGGCCAUUUCCAACCGGGAAAGCGGCUGCAUCAACCGCUGCGUCCAGAAGUGGAUGGCCUCUCAGCAGCGCAUCAGCGACCGCUUCCAGGAGCACAACGCCCAGCUCACAGCCCAGAUGAACAAAUAAGUGCGACAGACUCGGAAUCGCGGCGUGUACGAAUAGGAAGAAGGAUAUACCAACAUAAAAACUCCGCACGAGAUUUACUCUAUGGCGUCAGAUGUAUACCGGAAGGUCGUCUCCCAUGAUGCCGGAAGGGGAUGAAACGACGACGAUGAUAUUGGGCGCGGCAGGUUUCUGUAGCGCCAAAUUGUACUUCUACAUCAUAACGGGGUAUAGACACGAACGAUUGAGCUUGGAACUAACUAAACCCCAUGGAAUGAAAAUAUGGCCCAUUUCUCCUUCACUCACCAAGUUGAUAGGAAGGCUCGCUGGUCGUUGUUAUUUUAUAGCUCAAGUACGAUCGCUCAUGCUGAAACAUAUCAACCGUGAUAAAACAAAUAUGAUAUUGUG